AUGUCCUCCCAGCCAACCCUCAUAUCUCUAUCCUCCUCCGAACUCGCGAACACCAAGAUUUCCUCGCACAACCUCCAAGCCGCUAUCGAAGCUCUGCACCGCGACGGCCUGGUUGUUCUGGCCAAUGCCGUCUCCACGGAGCACCUCGACAAACUGAAUGAGCGCAUGGUGCCGGAAGCCAAGACCCUAUAUGCCCGUUCUUCGACACACCGAAACUUCGGCCCCAAGACCGGCAACAUUCAGCAAGAACCAGUGCUCGAGAAAGAAUAUAUUUUUCAAGAUGUUGUGGCGAACCCCUUUGCCGUACAGGUCGUCGAGUGCAUGUUCGGUCCGCGACCGUCAUUGCGCUUUUACAGCGCGAAUACAGCGUUCAAAGCGGAGGAUCGACAGCCGGUUCACGUCGAUGUGGACUUUGAUUUCCCCAAAGUCCCCUGGGGAUAUGCAAUUAAUAUAAAUCUCGUUGAGACGACGCCCGAGAAUGGCGCUACCGAGGUUUGGCUGGGAAGUCAUACUGAUACGACGAAAGACGUGCUUGAUGACCAGUAUAGCCAUAAGCAAGUAAGGGCAGAGUUACUCGAAGAGCGUCGGAAUAUAGGUAGGCGCGGAGUUCAGCCCGCAAUGCUUCCAAAGGGGAGCUUGAUUAUCCGGGAUAUGAGACUUUGGCAUGAGGGGAUGCCGAAUCAGACUGAUGAGCCGAGAGUCAUGCUGGUGACUAUCCUGUUUCCGCAUUGGUAUCGGAGUAAUCAGAAGAUCAUUUUGCCAGAGAGCUUGAAAGGCGAGGUUGAGGGAUGGAAAGAUGUCGAUGCUUGCGUGGAGUGGGUUGAAGAGGGGUAUGAUUAUCUGCAAGGCCGACACGAUCAUGACUUUGCGCUGAAGCCGUAA